AGAGUAUUCGUAACACCACGCGCAUAUAUACAUAUUUUGUCCGACAUUUUACAAAUUACUUUUUUAGAACUGUUACGUGAUUAAUUUUAUCGAUUUCUAGUAACAUCUGUACAUAAACAUGUCACAAAACGAUGGCGAAGAAGCAGGAAAAAUCUUUGUUGGUGGUCUUGCCCGACAAACUACAUUAGAAGGUCUCAGAAGUUACUUUGAAAACUAUGGAGAAGUCUCGGAUUGUGUCCUAAUGAAGGAUAAAGAGACUGGGUUCUCCCGAGGGUUCGGUUUUGUAACUUUCACAAAUCCAUCAAGUGUUGCAGCUGUAGUGAAAGCUAGACCCCACAACUUGGAUAAUAAAAUGAUUGACCCAAAGCCAUGUACAACAAAAGCUGCACAACAACAAAAGAAAGUGAGUUCAACAAAUUACAGCAAAGCUCAUAAAAUAUUCAUUGGUGGAAUUUCAAUGGAAGCAUCUGAAGCUGACGUACAAAGCUAUUUUGAGCGUUAUGGAACCGUGGUUGAAGUUGUGUUUGUUGUGAACAAAGAAGACACAAGCAAACCACACAAAGGGUUUGGUUUCGUAACAUUUGAAGACGAAUCAUCCGUAGAUCAAGCAAUCGCGAAACAUUACCAUAUCAUCAAAGAUAAAAGAGUUGAAGCUAAAAAAGCGGAGUCAAGAGACAAAAUGGGAGGGGGCAGGAACGAUCAACAGCAGGGUUAUGGGAUGGGAUAUGGACAAGGGAACAACAUGAUGUAUAACCAAGGUAUGAAUCAAGGUGGAAACUGGAUGGGAGGACAGAACAUGAUGGGUAACUAUGGAUACGGGAACCAGAAUUUUCCAACAGCCUACCCUCAACAACAAGGUUAUGGUGGCAAUCAAGGCUAUGGUUACGGAUACGGGUAUGGAGGCAACAUGGGUGGCAACAUGCCUGGCCAAAUGGGUGGGAUGCAAGGUGGGCAAAUGGGGGGAAUGCCCAACCAGAUGGGAGGGAAUAUGCAAGGGGGUCAGAUGGGUGGAAACAUGGGAAACAUGCAGGGUGGAUAUCAACCAGGCAUGAUGGGAAUGCAAGGGAGAGGGGUUAAUAAUGGAAAUGGAGCUCAACCAAAUGCUGCGAGCACGUAUCCGCAAAACCCCACAAGUUACGGACCAAUGCCAACAUCUGGAGGAGGAUACAACCAAGGCAACACUGGUGCAAACAACUCGAGUGGUCAAGCAAAUACUGGCAACACUGGUGGAGGAAGUUAUGGACAGAAGAGUGGAGGAGGUUCUAACAACUCGGGCUACCAUCCUUACCGAAGAUAAACAAUAAACAUUGUAUUCAAAAUUGUCAAACUUUUAAUCAUGAUCUUACAUAUGUACAAUAGAUUCACGCCAGGCCAACAACCUUUUUAUUUCGCUUUUAUAAAUAAAACAGUGAACCAACACUUCAA